UUUGGAGGUUUAUGGUGUGAAUGAAAGUAGUUGACGAGUUGUUGGAAAACAAGUAUCAACAUCUUCUUUGCUCAUCUCGAACAAGCUCCUCCAUUGUCUUACCGAUCCAAGCAAUGUUGUUGUGAAGGGGAUAGAAGAGUCUGUCCAUCGUUUGGUUCAUUUGAUGGAAUAUCUUAUCCUUUGGCUUUUUUCAUUAUCUCCAUAUUAAUAUUUGUGAUUUACUUUGUUUUUUAUGUACAUUGCAUAUUAUUAUUUGUUUAGCUUCGUAGGGUUAUGGUUAUUCGAAAUUUUUUGGUUUGAAUCCAAAUAGAUAACAAAUUAAAUUAAAAUUUACGGAUAUCUAUGAUCAUUUAUCUAAAAUAAAUAUUAGUUUACUAGCAAAUAUCAAAGAUUUGAAUUAUUUGUACUAUGCAAAAUAGUCCCAUUUUGAAUCCUAAUUUAUUUGAUCAUCUAAGAUAUUUAUUUUAGUAUAUCUAACUCAUUUACUAUUGUCAACUAUUCUACAUGAACCGGUGGAAUAAUAACUCCCAUGGGUGGUUUAUCUUAUUUAUAUAUAUAUAGGUUCAUGAACUGUUCCUCUAUCUGAUCAUUCGUUAUAACACCAAAGCAAAGCAAAGCAAGAGUUUCUUAAGCAUAAAGAGGCGAAGGUCCAAUGUAUUCUCUACGUGAUGGACCCCUCUGUUCUAGAAAGAGAGAUCAAAUGAACGUCAAUGGAGAAUCGUUUCAUGGUUCCUUCAAACGGACCAAACAAGGAGAUCAGACACAAGCCCACCUUGAGAAGAACACUACUAUGUUCUAUCAAAGAUCAAAGCUAGAGAACGCCAGGGUGAUAAAGACCGAUGUUCAACUUCAACUAGACACUAAGGGCCACACAGAGUCAUUUGAAGAUCGUAGGACCUACGUGGACCUUGAGCUAAAUCUUUCUUCAUCAGCAAGUUCCACAGUGAAAAAUAUCAUGAAGAACGAAUGUUCAAAAGGCAAAACUUUGAUCAAGACCCCAAGUAAUAAAGGAAAACCAGGUGAUAUAGGGCUACGUCGAUCCCCGUCUUGGCUAGCGUUUGAAGGCGAUGAUGAUAAUGAUGAUCAAAAGAAGCAAGAGAUGGUAACAACGGUGUGCAUGAAGUGUCACAUGCUGGUAAUGCUCUGCAAAUCAACACUUGUGUGUCCCAAUUGCAAGUUCAUACACCCUGAUGACCACAGCUCCACAAAAGUUUUUAAGCCUUUGAGUCUGUUUAAGCUUUUAUGCUAGGUUUUGCCUUUUCAGGGUAUGUAUUUGGUUCAAGCUAAUGGGUCUAAGAAUUAAUGUGGAACUAGAUAUGUAUAUAAAAGUACUCAUAAGUAUUAUGCCGUGCUUAUAUAUGAAUUUGUU